CUCGGCCAGAGGCUUUUGCCCUCCAUGCUGGCCCCGAAGAGGAGGGGGAAGGGAGGGGGCGGUCCCAGGGCCGGCGAGGACCUAGCUUCAAAUGCAGGCGCGAGUGGCGGAGCCUGCGGGCGGUGGCAGUGACGGCGGAGACAGAGGAGGAGGAGAAGGAGGCGGCGGCGACGGCGGCGGCGGCGCCUCGCCGGUGACGGCCCUAUCCGAUGUAGACCAGAUGAGACCGGGCGGGAACUGCAGUGGCUACAGGAGUCUUGUCGAAAAAUGAAUAACCUUACUACUCCUCGGUGAAAAAUAGUGUAUAUGCUACAAGCAUGAAAGGAAGUUCCAGACGUCCAACACCAAAAUAUACUAAAGUUGGGGAACGUUUACGACAUGUUAUUCCUGGACAUGUGGCAUGUUCAAUGGCAUGUGGUGGUCGAGCCUGCAAGUAUGAAAAUCCAGCUCGCUGGAGUGACCAGGAACAAGCCAUUAAAGGGAUUUAUUCCUCCUGGGUCACAGAUAACAUACUUGCAAUGGCUCGACCAUCAACUGAGCUUAUUGAAAAGUACAAUAUCAUUGAACAGUUUCAAAGCUAUGGCAUAAAAACAAUAAUUAACCUUCAGCGACCUGGAGAGCAUGCAAGCUGUGGAAACACACUAGAACCAGAAAGUGGCUUCACUUAUCUUCCUGAAGCUUUUAUGGAAGCUGGCAUUUACUUCUACAAUUUUGGAUGGAAGGACUAUGGUGUAGCAUCUCUUACUACUAUCUUAGAUAUGGUAAAGGUGAUGACAUUUGCCUUACAGGAAGGGAAAGUAGCUAUUCAUUGCCAUGCUGGACUUGGUCGAACAGGUGUUUUAAUAGCAUGUUACUUAGUUUUUGCAACAAGAAUGACUGCAGAUCAAGCAAUUAUUUUUGUUCGGGCAAAAAGGCCAAAUUCUAUACAAACAAGAGGCCAGUUGUUAUGUGUAAGGGAGUUCACUCAGUUUUUGAUUCCUCUUCGCAAUGUGUUUUCUUGCUGUGAGCCCAAAGCGCAUGCUGUUACUUUAUCACAGUACUUAAUUCGCCAGCGUCAUUUACUUCAUGGUUAUGAAGCUCGACUUCUAAAGCAUGUGCCAAAAAUUGUUCAUCUGGUUUGCAAACUGCUAUUGGAUUUAGCUGAAAACAGACAAGUGAUAAAGGAGGACAUAAUAAAGGUACCUGAUCUCUCUGCUGAAAUCGAAAAGACAGUUUCGGAGAUGGUCACAAUGCAGCUGGAUAAAGAGUUCAUGAAACAGGAGAAUGACACGUCUCUAACAUUCACCCCCUCAGCAGUGACAGUAGCGUUUGAGAACCAGGAGGCUUUUCUCUCCAGUGAACAUGAAUUUGAUCCUCUCUGGAAGAGGCGCAAUGUCGAAUGCCUUCAGCCUCUGACUCAUCUGAAAAGACGGCUCAGCUAUAGUGACUCAGACUUGAAACGAGCUGAAUUUCUUUUGGAGCAAGGAGAGACGCCGUGGACGGUGCCCCCCCAAACCCUCGCCUGCUGUAACCCCAAGCAGGAGCAGACGGUGAGCCGCCCUUGUGUCGAGCCGUCCCCUCCCCUGGAUAUCAGUAAAGACGCUUUGGUCCGAAAUACAUUUUCUUUCUGGAAUCAGCCUAAAUGUAGUUUAGAAGGCUCCAGAGAGGAGGGAUCACCACUUUUCCAUAGGAGAAAGAUCCCAAAGGAAGUCCAACGGAGCAGAACCUUUUCUUCAGGGUUUUCAGGUGUGCACCACACUGGGGAGUCAGUCACCCCCAAGGCUGCAAUUACGCCCAUGCUGCCGAACAGCCUGCCCCAGAAAGCUGACCCCUGUCAGUACAACCCCGGCGGUCCCUGGGGACAAGAUCCUGUGGCUUGUGCUGGGAGUUACUAUGUCCCUCAGAACUGUGGUGCCACUCUGGAGGGGGAAUGCAUCGUCACAUCCGAAAGCCAGGAAAGUCACAACCCGCCCCAAGCAAUGCCACUGAGUCCUGAAGGACGGAGAGUGUUGGCAGCAAAAGCCCUGGCAAACUUGAAUGAAUUUAUAGAAGAAGCAGAAGUAAAACAGAAGGUGGAAAUGUGGCAGAAAGAACUGAAUUCUCGAGAUGGGGCUUGGGAGAGAAUAUAUGGAGAAAGAGAUCCUUUCAUACUGUGUGGCUUGAUGUGGUCCUGGGUAGAGCAACUAAAGGAACCUGUUAUAACCAAAGAGGAUAUUGAUAUGUUAGUUAGCAACUAUGCUGAUGACUCAGAAGCACUUUCAUUACUUGAAAAGGAACAACACCAGACUAUUCUUUGUAUCUUGCACUGUAUAGUGAACUUGCAGACAAUUCCAGUUGAUGUAGAGGAAGCCUUCCUUGCCCAUGCCAUUAAAUCUUUCACCAAGAUUAAUUUUGAUUCUGAAAAUGGACCAGUGGUUUAUCACACCCUGAAAAAAAUAUUUAAGCACGCAUUAGAAGAAAAAAGAAAGAUUACAAAAGAAGGAUCAGAACACACCUCUUAAUGUUUACAAUUCUUUGUGUGGGGGGGAGGUCUUCUUUGGAUCCCAAGAAGGAUCGGUUUAAUCAGCUACUUUUUCUCCCUUUGAUGUUUAUUUUAACCUAACCUGAAGACCCUGAUAACAUUUAUGUUUCUAUGUGAAUAUGUUGAAGCUUAAGAGCUGCUUUUUUUGUGGUUUUAUUGUAGCAUUUCAUUUAAAGUGAUAUUGUUUUGUAUUAUAUAUGAUAUUAUAUUAUUUUGAGGCUAUUUAUUGACUGAAAAAAUAUAUCUUCAAGCUUUAUUUUUUUUGCCAUAAAGUCAGUGCCAUUUCCUUUUAUUUAGUGAAUCGCACUAAUGUUGUAUUAACAUUUGAAGUACAUGAUGUUUACAUUAAUGUUUCUCUAUUUUUCAUUGUGGUAGAAACUGACUCUACUUUCCAAAACAAUUGUCUUGAUGACUGAACUCUCUAUGGAGUUUAAAAAAUAGAUUCUUCAAUAGUAAAACAACACUUUAUAGCCAUUACUUCCUGACAUAUAACUUAAGUCACCAAGUGUCUUGAAAUGUUGUUUUAUAUUUGUGACUACAAAUGUUUCUGUUGCAAGAUUUUUAAAGGAUUUUUUCAUUUGUUUUGAAUUACUUUUGUUUUUAAUAAGGCAAAAUACUUCAAAGUAUAUUUUUCCAAGAUAGGUAGUUUGAUGUUAAAAGAUUAAAUGUAAAUUGGUUUGGUAAUUUUGUAUUUGGGAAAAGCAGAUCUGCUUUAUUUGUCAGGACCAUGAAUGAACUUUGCAGCACACCAGCCUUUGCCAUCCCAGGAAGGCAGUAUCCAUUCUCAGGACCUAAAGCCUUAUUUCCUCUGUACUGGGUAACUGCUUAGCCAAAUAGCUACAAGCUUAUCCUCAAAUUAUCUUUAAUAAGAAAAUAGGAUGAAGGACUGACUGACUUAUUAAAUAGUAAGACAGAGCCAGGCUUUCGUAAAGGGGGUGGAUCUGUGACCCUUGAAAGCAUUUUUCACAGUAAAGAUAAUUAUGGGGCAGCAAUUUCAUAUGGGAUUAUAGAAUCCUAGAGGAGCCUUUCAGAUCCCCUACACAGGCCCCAGCAUAUUCUGUCCUUUGGAGUAAGGGCACAGUCACAAAAUGUUAACGAUUUUUUUUUGUUCUACGAGUUGGUAAUAAGUAAUGGUUACUCAGCCUCAUCUGCAGCUCUGUCUACAAACCCCUAGUGCCACUAUGGAAACAUCCAUAUCUUUAGACCAGGUAUAACAGGCUGAGAUGUUGAGGGAACGGAGAACAUUAAGCAUGGGGGAGAGAUGUUAAAGGAAAUUUAGCAGCAAAGCCCCCUUCAUCUUCUCUACCAUUUCUAAUUGUGGGGUUCUGUGGACCCUUUCUCCUCAUGACCAUUUAAUUCCAGAGAUAUUAUUAAGAUAUUAUUCUAUCCUCUCUGGAUUAUAUUAGGUUAAAUUUGGUGCAAAGAAGCUUUUUCAGUUAUCAGCUGAGCUAUGUUAUGUAGAAAAAGUUGACUUCUUGUCCUCGUUCCUAGGAAAGCAAGCUUUCAGAGUUACAGAAAUAAUGGCAGUCAUCACUGGCAUUGUUAAUAGUCACUGUAAUGAAGACAAGAGUUCAAGUGGCAUCCAGGAGAAACUAGCUUUGUCCCAUAUUUUGUUGAUAUUUAUUGAAACAGCUCUGAGGAAAUGGGCAGGGUGUUCCACCUGUCUUAAAGACAAUUUCAGAGAAGGCUUGAUUGAAUUACAGUAGUUGAAAUGUUUCCCAAUUUAUAUAUAUAUCACUUUCCACAUACUAACUCAGUUGCUGGAUGUUAAAUUAAUUUCUUGAGGAGACAUUCCAGUAGUUUGUAAUGAACUGAAUUCACCUCCAUUUGUAUAGAUGAAGUCAUUUCUGAAAUUCUUCACUUUCAAGUGCCUGAGUUGGGGGAUGGGGAACAACCAAAAAUAACCUCUGUUUUAGUCCAAAGUAAUAACAAGAUUAUAGAAGAAUCAAUUAUUAACAAAAAUAUGCUCUAGAGAUGGGCAAAUGACAACCAUGACUCAUUGGACAAAUUGAUAAUUUAUAAACAAUAUUAAUUUCAAUUUGGCGAGCAAAUAUGGUAUAUUCCUGAUGCUAUUAUUGUAUUCUGUGGUUAAAAAAUAGAUGUAAACUGGUCAUGAAAAUUAGUAUAUGCCAAGAACCUGAAAGAAAUGACUAGCUAAAAGAAAUCAGGCUGUAGACGAGUACUGUGUUAAUUUUAAUAAAAAUGGAAAUUAGAACUCAAA